AUGGCCAAGGAAAUGAUGAUAGUGUUUGUGUAUGACACACAAUGCUGUGUCUCUGAGGAAGAUGAUCCCGCUGAUGCUGUACUAUACUUUCAUCCUGGUUGGGUGUCGGACACACAAAGGCAUGCCUUGGCUGGACAGGUGGUUGGCGCAGCGCACUGCAUCAAAAGCCUAUUCUCCCAGCCCGUGGCCAUCACUCUGCAAAGCGGCAAGUUCAUCCUCAAAGAAUACGGCAGAUACGUGUUGGCUAUAGGCAGUGACCGCAACAUACCGGACUGGGUGCUGAAGAACCGCGCCAGCCUGCUGACGUCCAUGAUCAAGGUCUACCACGGCGACCUGCGCACACUCGCCGCGCAAAUGGAGGACCAGAAGAGGCUGGCUGAGAAGCUGUACCAGAUCUUCGAAACCUACUUACCCGUGCUGCAGUACGGGUGUCACAUAUUCCAACGGGUGCCCAUGCUCAGUCUCCCGAAGAGUGCCAGUUCGGUGUACAUGGAGUCGAUGCAGAUCCUGGAACAUUGUCGCAAGAGUCAGGGCGUUCUCGGCGGAGUGAUCCUCUACAACAACAAGAUCAUCUCGACCCAGCUGCCGCCGAGUCUGACCUCGUACUUGACCGUCGUGGACCCCUACCGGAUAAAAUCGCCAGCGGAAACGCUAGAAACGGAGACGCCCCUGCCCCUGGGAGCGCAACUGCUCGUGGUCUACGUCAGCAGGAGGACCUAUGAGACCCUGAAGAGGCAGGCGGACAAAAUGCACGAGUUCUACGAGAACGGCGAAGAGAUGAUAGCCAAAUUCAAGAAGACGCAGGAGGCGGAGCGCGAGAGGCAGCGCGAGUUCCCGCAGGGCGGGCUCAAGAGGGACAAGUCGCUGCUGUUCACCGCCGUUCCCGAGGAGGACCACAGCAUGAUAUCGCCGCCCAGCCGUGGGCGUGGGCAAGUGGGCGACACCAAGCCCACGAUGCCCGACGUGGUGCCGUUCGCUAACAAGCCCCGCCCCAGGCCCGCGAAGCUCUCGCUGGGCUUAAAGCUGCAGCGGUCCGUCGACGAGGACGCCGCCGAGGAGAAGAGGUUCACGGGCCAGACGAGCGUCUGCUCCACUCCCAUGGUGGAGUACAAGCGGCUGCACGGCAACAUGCUCUCCAUAUGCCAGAACCCCGACGGGGCGGUGGAGCCCCCCGCGCCGGAGCCGGACGUGCUGAGAAACGUCGACGAGGAGCGCUCGGAGGCGGAGAAGCGCGACAGCCGCAUGGUGAUGAACAUAAACUGCAUCGCGGACCGCUUCGUCAACAAGCCGGAGCCGAUGAGGAAGCUCGCCAGCGUCACGGACAUCCAGGAGACGUUCAGGAGGCUCACCGGCAGGGCGGCGUCCAGGUUCAAGCUGAAGCGGACGCAGAACGACGAGGACUCCCCCUCGGAGGAGAGCAGGACGCCCAGCACUCUGACCAUCAACGAUCCAUUGUUCCCCGUGUUCAGGAACGACGGCGUCGCGAUAUCGGAGUCGCUCUUCAACCAGUACCUGGAGCAGUACUACUCGAGGAUCAGCCAGGACGCGAAGGACGAGCAGGUGUUCUUCGGCGCGAGGCGCACGGAGCCGGAGAAGUUCGACGGCUUCGACUCCGAGCUGACCAGAUCCCCUCAGCGUACGCCGAAAAAGGUCGCGAAGGACUCUAAGAACCCACCCAGCGACCAGUCGAGACGGAAGGCGCUCUCGCUCCCCCUCAAAUCGCUUACCGAGAGCUCCGACGGUCAGAUAGACGCGGACGCAGCCAACUUUAAGAAGAAGCUGACCGGCGUCCAGUUAACCCCACUCAUGGAGAAGCUCAGCCACCUCGCGUUCACUUCGGACAAGUCGAGCGGCUACAGCAGCAGGGUGAUGACACCGCUGGAGAUUAGGGAUCUGAUGACGCCGGCGGCGGAGCGCCAGGCUAACUUUGCCGAUAGGGGCAAAGGUCGCCGCGAGGACUCGGAGACGGACAGCGAGGCGGAGUCUGAGACGGGGCGCGAUCAGGAGCCCGGCUCCGCGUACGGCGAGCGUGCGGUCAAGUGCGCGCUCUUCGUGAGCGGGCUGCACAACAUGGCGCUUAUGGCGCUUCUCGAGCUGCCAGCCGCCCGCCAACCGGACACGGUGCACGCGCUGUGGGAGACUUCGCUCAACGCGCUAGGUCCCAUCGAGCAAAAGUGCAUGGAGCCGCUGCCGGCCGAUGCGGAGACCACGGACUACAGCUAUUUGAUGCUCGACCCCGACUGGGGCUCAGUGCGCAAGGGGGGGCCAUGGGCAGCAAUGGACAUCGCCACGAUGGGCCUUAUUCACAACGAGUUCUCAGAGGACCCGGAGCUCUCAGAGUUCAUAUUAAGGAGCGAGGAGAGCGCGGUGCUGGGCGCGUCGUGCGGGGGCGCGCAGCUGUACUACCAGGAGGGCGGUUCUCGGCCGGCUGGCCCCCCGCCGCCGUCGGACGCGCUCGCCACCGCGCCGCUGCGGGCGCGCCGCCGCCUCCACCGCGACCACUGCGCCCUCCUGCUC